UCCUUCCCGCAGGCUGCAAGCCCAGGCCUGGCGGUGUCAUUAGUCCUUGGGAGACAUGAGAGGGCUCCAGGUUGUGCGCCUCACGCCGUUGGAGCUGCUGCCGUCGCUGCUGCUGCUGCUGCCGCUGCUGCCGCCGCUGCUCGGGACGCAGCCCCACGGCAGUCCCGGCGCACUGCAGUGCUACAGAGUCGGUCCCUUGGGAAUCCUGAACUGUUCCUGGGAACCUCUGGGCGACUUGGAGAUUCCGCCUGUGCUGUAUCAUCAGAGUCAAAAAUACCAUUCCAACAGAACCCAGGAGGUGAAGGUGCCUUCCAGGCAGAGCUGGGUGACCAUUCCCCGGGAACAGUUCACCAUGGCUGACCAGCUCCUCAUCUGGGGGACACUAGAAGGACGACCUCUCUGGUCCCCUGUCUUUGUGAACCUGGAGACCCAAAUGAAGCCUGACACCCCUCAGCUCUUCCCUGACGUGGACAUUUCUGAGGAAACGCCCCUGGAAGCCACUGUGCACUGGGCACCACCCCUGUGGCCACCUCAGAUGGUUCUCAUCUGCCAGUUCCAGUACAAAAAGUGCCAGGGUAAAGAGUGGGCCCAGCUGGAGCCACAACUGAGGACAGACCUGAUGACUCCUGUUGAGAUGCAGAACCUGGAACCUGGCACCAGCUACCAGGUGUCUGGACGCUGCCGAGUGGAGCACGGAUAUCCCUGGGGCGAGUGGAGCCGGGACCUGUCUUUCCAGACGCCACUCUCGGAUGUGUGGGUGUCGGGGAACGUCUGUGAAACAUCUGGCCAGCGGGCAGUCCUGCUUCUGUGGAAGGACCCAGGGCCCUGUGUGCAGGUGACUUACAGAGUCUGGUGUGGGGUUGGAGGUGUUACCAGGACACAAGAAGAGGUCCCGUGCUGCAAGUUCCCCGUCCCUGAACAGAUGGAGUGGGCAGCGGUGUCCAGUGGCAACAGCAGCAGCCAGGCGCCUCUCACCAACCUGUCUUUGGUGUGCUUGGCUCCAGAAUCUGGCCCCCGGGAUGUAGUGGUCAGCAGCACUGCUGGGAGCCCAGGCCUAACGGUGACCUGGAAGCAAGGGGCCAGGAAACCGUGGGAGUAUGUGGUGGACUGGGCUCCGGAUGGUGACAGCCUGGACAAGCUCAACUGGGUCCAUCUCCCCUCGGAAAACCUCAGCACUUUGUUACUGGGAGAUUUCAAACGUGGGGUCCCCUAUCGAAUUACGGUGACUGCAGUCUACUCCGGGGGCCUAGCUGCUGCACCCCCAGUCUGGGGGUUCCUAGAGGAAUUAGCACCCCUUGCUGGGCCAGCAGUUUGGCAACUCCAAGAUGACCCCCCAGGAACACCUACUGUAGCAUGGGGAGCGGUCCCCAGCCACCAGCUCCGGGGCUGGGCUACUCACUACACCCUGUGCAUACAGAGCACAGCCACAGCCUGCAUGAAUGUGAGCAGCAAUAUCCAGACUGUCACGCUGCCCAACCUACACUCGGGUUCCUUCAAGCUGUGGGUGAUGGUGUCCACCACUGGAGGACAGGGCCCACCUGGUCCUAGCCUUUGGCUUCAUCUACCAGAUAACGGGAUCAGGUGGAAAACUCUGCCCUGGGUCCUCUCCCUGGGGGGCUUGCUCCUGAUCAUCUGUGGCCUGAGCCUGGCCAUUACCAGCAACAUGUUUGCCACCGGCUCCCUGCUGGCCAGGUGCUUCCACCGUGGACACAAGCUGCUUCCUCGAUGGCUCUGGGAGAGGGUUCCUGACCCUGCCAACAGCAAUUCUGGGCAACCUUACAUAAAGGAGGUGUGCCUACCCCAGCCACCCAAGGAUGGGCCUAUCCUGGAAGUGGAGGAGAUGGAGCUACCACCCGUGACAGAGUCCCCUAAAGCCUCUGCCCCACUUUACUCUGGGUAUGAGAAACACUUUCUGCCCACACCAGAGGAGCUGGGCCUUCUGAGGCCUCCAGCCCCUGGGUUCUAGCCUGUUCUGCUUCAGGCUGGGAGUUGUGUCACCAUCUUGGAUUAGACUUUUUUUUUUAGCCUUUUGAGACAGGAUCUCAUCAGGGCUGAAACUCAAUAUAUAAACCAGGCUGGCCUGGAACUCACAGAGAGCCACCUGCCUUUGCCUCCCAAGCACUGAAAUUACGAGGGUGUGCCACCAUGCCCAAACAAUUUUUCUUUUUAAAGCCUCUGUAUCUUUGACAUCUUUUUGUGACUGCAGAAGAAUUAAUGCUCUCAUUGGCCCAAUCCAUUUGUUGUUGUUUUCUUUAUUGUGUCAGAGUCUUGAUUUGUAGCCAAGGCUGGUCUUGAACUUGUGUUCUUCCUGCUGCAGCAUGCCCAGUGCUGGGAUUACACUGAGGUGUGUGUCACCUCACCCAAUCACAACCUUUGGUUCUAGUAAGGUCACCCUCCAAGGAGGGUAUGAGGAGGGUGAGUCUAUGUCAAAAGACUUGUUCAAGGGUCUGAGGCACUGAAGAGCCCCUGUUUUCGUGCAUGAGACCAGAUUUGGUUCCCUGCCCUUGUAGGGGACCCAGGUUCAGUUUCCAGCACCCACAGGGCAGCUCAGAAUCACCUGUAACUUCAGUUCCAGGGAACCCGACGCCCUCUCCUGGCCUCCUUGAGCAAUGCAUGCACAUGGUUACGCACAAACAUAACUCAUACACAUAAAAUAAGGAAAGAUAAUAAAUAAAUAAAUCUUUUUUUUCCUAAAGCCA